AUGGCCUACGCUAAGGACGAUGUCGACAUUAGAAGUUUCUUAGGUUUAGCAGGGUAUUAUAGGUGUUUUGUGAAGGAUUUUUCUAAGAUUGCUAAGCCUAUGACCUCUCUAAUGAAGAAGGACAAGAAGUUUGAAUGGGAUGACAAGUGUGAGGAAGCUUUCCAACUCUUAAAACAAAAGUUGAUUACAGCAGCGGUGCUUACACUAUCAGAUGAAAGUGGAAUCUAUGAUGAAUAUAGGGAUGCAUCCAAGAAUGGUCUGGGAUGUGUACUUAUGCAAAAUGGGAAGGUGAUUGCAUAUGCAUCAAGACAAUUGAAACCUCAUAAUUAA